UCCCGCUCGCGAUCCGGCGCAUGUCGCUCGCGCCGCAGCAGCGUCUCGAGGCGCCGACAGCGAGGCUGCACGCGCUCGACGACGACGGCCGGACCGUGUCGGACGAGUCGGACGACCGCCCGCUCGGCCUCAAGGCGGGCGGUCACCUCGGCGGCGGCGGCGCGCCCAUACCCACCUAUCCGUACCAGCAACAUCCUCACGCGCUACCCGGCAUGCCCCUCGCACCUGGCUACCCGCCCGUCGCCCGUGCGCUGCCCUACAGCCACUCGCACUUCUCGCUCGCCGCACCGACCCUUGCCGGCUUUGGCGGCGUCGCGCCCGAUCCGCAGGCGCAGCUCGCGCUCGCGCAGAUGCAGAUGCAGGCGGCGAUGCAGAAGCAGGCGAGCGACCCGAUCGAGCGGUGGAGGAACGAGGUGGCGCCGUGAGCGAGUCUCGAGGAAGUUGACCGGCGCGCACAGACACUUGUUUCGCAAUGCAGUCCUU